AUGGUGACCUCGUGGGGGGUGGUUGAGAGUCUCGAACUUCUCUCAGACCACCUUCCCAUUGAGGUACGGCUCUUACAGGAGAGGAGGGGCGGAGCCCGAGAGCGUCCCGUAAGGUGGGCGGCCAGGAAGCUGGACCAGGACAGACUGGUGGAGUCCCUGGUCGCGGCGACCUGGUCUCAGCCUGGCCCACUGCAGUCAGUUGAGGAGGAGGCGAACAGGCUGCAGAGGAUCAUGACCGCGGCAUGUGAUAACGCAAUGCCGCGCUACAAGUUCGACCCAAGGAGGGCAGCCUACUGGUGGUCGGAGGAGAUUGCCGAGAUGAGGCGCUCCUCAGUGGCUGCCAGGAGGGCUGUCCAGAGGGCGAGGUGGAGGCGGAACACUCCUGGGGAGGAGCUGGACCGUCUCCUGGAGGAGAAUCGACAAAAGCGACAGGAGCUUAAGUCGGCUAUCCGAAAGGCCAAAGAGGCGGCAUGGGAUGAGAUGAUCCGGUCCCUGGACACAGACCCGUGGGGGCGCCCCUAUAAGCUUGUGAUGAACAAGCUGAGCACUGGGGCGCUCCCUGCGGUUGAAACGAUGCAACCGGGUUUUCUUGACGAGGUAGUGGAGACCCUCUUUCCGGCGGGGGACCCGAACAGGGCUCCUUCAAGAGAGGUGGCAAUGGGGGAGGAGCACCAGCCUUGGACAGAGGAGCUAAACGUCUGCGGUGCGGAAUUGAUUCGCGCCGCAAGGAAGCUCAAGGCGGGCAAGGCACCCGGGCCAGAUGGGAUACCCGGUGUGGCCUGGAAGGCAGCCCUGGGGGAGCUCUCCGGAAG